AUGCAGCGAUUCAAGGAAAAACUGGAACAUGGGAUUGAGCACCUGGAGGAGUCCUUCAAGGAACACAACCUCCAAGAUGUCAAAGCAUCCGCUGUGCACCUAAAACACAAAGUCGGAAAAUUUUACAACAUCGUCAACCCCAACCACCGCCACGAUGAGGCGCACGAACAGGCUACGGAUAACAAGCGCUCAGAUAUCGCCGAAUCCCAUCGUUACCACUCCUUUGCGCCCAUUCGCGAAAAUAACUGCCUGAAGUGGUAUGUCGAUGCGCUAGAUUACCUCUGGGCAGUUUCGGAAGCGCUGGAAAAGGCCACUGAGACAAUUUAUAUUGCCGAUUGGUGGCUCUCGCCAGAGCUAUUUCUUCGUCGUCCACCAGUUCAGCACCAGGAAUGGCGUUUAGACCAUAUUCUGAAGAGACGUGCAGAGGCUGGCGUUAAAAUCUAUGUUAUUGUGUACAAAGAGGUCAACCAAGCACUGACGUGUAAUUCGGCGCAUACGAAACAUGCUUUGCACAACCUAUGUCCGGAGGGAACACCAGGACAUGGCAAUAUCCGAGUCUUGCGCCACCCUGAUCAUAACAUCUUCGAGAAUGGAGCUGAUAUGACACUUUACUGGGCGCACCACGAAAAAUUCAUUGUCAUUGACUACGCUGUCGCAUUCAUCGGCGGUAUCGAUCUCUGCUUCGGGCGAUGGGACGCAAACCAACACCCUCUCGCAGAUGUGCACCCAGCAGGUCUCAGAGAUGAUAUCUUCCCCGGCCAAGAAUUUAACAACAACCGCAUCAUGGACUUCCAAAGCGUGGCCGACUGGCAGAGCAACGAAAUUAGCAAGGCCGAGUAUGGUCGAAUGCCGUGGCAUGAUGUCGCGAUGGGAUUGGUAGGUGACUGCGUGUACGACAUUGCGGAGCAUUUCGUCUUGCGCUGGAACUUUAUCAAGCGAGACAAGUACAAGCGCAGUGAUACGGUGGAUUGGUUGCUGAUGGAGGGGCGGACAGAUGAUAAUGAAGAUAUCAUCGCUGUUCAGAGACCUGCCUAUCCUUGUGGCCAGUAUAUCCAUCAUCCGUUAUCGUCGCUGUCAACUAAGCCUUAUGGGAACCAAGGCUCCGUGAGAGCGCAGAUUGUGCGUAGUAGUGAUGACUGGAGCAGUGGUAUUCUGAACGAACAUAGUAUUCAGAAUGCCUACUGCGAGAUUAUUCGUAAUGCUGAACAUUUUGUUUACAUUGAGAAUCAGUUCUUCAUCACGGCCACCGGUGAUCAACAGCACCCGGUCUACAACCAAAUCGGCGCGGCGAUUGUGGAUGCCUGUGUUCGAGCUGGCAGGGAAGGUCGCAAGUUCCGUGUGAUUAUUGUCAUCCCCGCCAUUCCUGGAUUCGCGGGUGAUCUGCGAGACUCUUCUGCGACAGGUACGCGAGCCAUCAUGGAUUACCAGUAUAAGUCGAUCUGUCGGGGUGAGCACUCGAUUAUGGGACAAAUUGAAAAGGCGGGAGUGAACCCGAAAGAACACGUCUUCGUCUUUGCUUUGCGUGCCUAUGACCGCAUCAACAAAACUCCCGCGCUUGAGGAACUCGAGAAAAAGGCCGGUGUGACAUACCAAGAUAUCCAGCGUGGAAUUGCCGAGUCCAUCAUGAGCGAAAGUAUCCACCCCUCCAUCGGAAAGGAAGGUGAUAGACACGAGAAGAGCUACGAAGCAGACCCCUCUCAGAAACAAGAAAAAGUCCACAAGCUGGAAAGGUUCGAGCAAGAAGUGGAGCAGAACAAGAUGAAGCAAGGCGACGCAAGCCGGGAUUCCGUGGCGCACGUCACCAUGCUGAAUGGUGGCAAGAUGUCGGACGAGGUGUGGGAAGGAGACCCAGAAGGCGAGAAAACCAAUUUUGUCCAAGAAGAGCUGUAUGUGCAUGGUAAGGUGUGCAUUGUGGAUGACCGGAUAGUCAUUUGCGGAUCUGCAAACAUAAACGACCGAUCCCAACUAGGAUCUCACGAUAGUGAGCUCGCGAUCGUAAUGGAAGAUCAAGAUUUCAUCGACAGUCAAAUGAACGGCAAGCCGUACCGAGCGGCUAGACACGCCGCCACUUUACGUCGUCAGCUGUGGCGCGAGCACCUAGGCCUUCUUCCAGCCCAAGACUAUGACGCCUCAAGUUCCGCGAAUGCACGUCCGCCAGAUGUAUGCCUGAAUGAGAUCUUGGAAGGAGCCGAGAACGAGUUCGUGGCGGACCCGCUCAGCGAUGCGGUCUGGGAAAAAUGGACUGGCCAAGCUACGGUGAAUACGGAAAUGUAUCGACAUUUGUUCCGGGCGGACCCUGAUGACCAUAUUCGGAAUUUUCAAGAUUAUGAUGAUUUCUAUCCGCGUGGGUCCCGAAAACAGGGUCACCUUUUUGAUCCCUAUAUGCCUGCUGCGGAGGUACGUGAGAAACUGGAUCGCAUCAGGGGUCACUUGGUUUGGUUACCGCUGGAGUUUUUGAUUGAUGCUGAAAUGGCGGAGCCUGGGUUGGCUGUGAAUCAGAUCACUGAAAGCAUCUAUACCUAG